AUGGCCACCGUCACGCUCAUGCAAUUUCUACAGAAUGACCCGAAUGCGCUUCGGUACUAUCAUCGCGGCCAACGCCCUACCACCACUUCGAACAAACUUUUCGAGAUCGCUGCCGUUAGGGAGAUCCGUGCGUGGCCUGAGUUUAGCCUACAGAACAUUGUGAAUCGGUUUGGCAACCUGCUCAAUAACGUUCAAAUUGCAACCGAUGUGCAGCCAGUCACGCCCCCUCCACGCUUCGCAGCCGAGGACUACCUGCGAGAACUUGUCGCUAUAUACGCCGACCGCCCCGUUCGCCGCGCCCUGGCCUCGACGUUUGAGCACAUGACUGCAGAUCCCAACCAUCCCGACCCCGAUUUGGCAGGCCGAACCCCGACCACAUUGGGCGCUGGAUCCUCGGCGAAACUCAUCUCGAAAUUUGUGCCAGACAGGGCUAUAUACGACCCCAGCCUCGAUGAGCCUAUCAAUCGCCUGCCAGGCGAGAUUAAACCGUCAUGGAAGUGGAAGUGGGACUGGGCCAUCGCAGAGGGCUCAGCUCGCAGCAGCAUGGCCUUAGUGCGGCUCUCACAGCUCACCUUUUACAUGCUGCAGCAGGGAUACCGCGAACCGCACUCGGGUGCCCGGUACGGUUACAUGCUUACAGACCAGGAACUGGUGGCCUUUCGUAAAAUUUCGCGACGCGUUAUCUGUAUGUCGGAGCGGGUGCCGUGGGGGGGCCAGCAGGGGAACGGGCCUGAGAGGCUGACUGUUUUGCUGGCGCUUUGGUAUCUGGGAAUGUUGGCUUCCGAUGAUGACGACUGGAACCUCGACGCACAGCCAGACGACCCGACUGACGCCCAACUAAUCACCCAAGCGUCGGCUAGUAGUCAGCCGGCUCGCCAACGUUAG